AGAAAAAAAAGAAAAAAAAAAAGAAAACCUUCCGCCUCUGUCCAUGUGGGUUAAUGCGCAAUAAAUUCCUCUUUCUGAGACUUCCCAGAUUCCAGUACUCCGUCCCCUUUCUUGUGUGGUUUCCUCCUCCCGAAAACACCACUUUCCUCUUCUUCCCAUAUAAAGCAAAAAAGCUUGUUCUCAUCCCCGUCUCAUCUCCUUCAAGAAAAAGGAUUCUAAAAUGGAAGUGAGCCGGUUGCAGAGGAGGUAUAUUGAUUUCAUCUCAGCCCUCUUCCAUGAGGGGUUUCUGGAUUCUCAGUUCACAGAACUGCAGCAUCUGCAGGAUGAGAGCAACCCUGACUUUGUAUCUGAGGUUGCCUCUCUUUUCUUUGAGGACUCUGAGAGGCUUCUCAAUGAACUCAGCAGGACCCUGGAUCAACAGACUGUGGAUUUCAAGAAGAUUGAUGCCCAUGUCCACCAGCUCAAGGGGAGCAGUGCCAGCAUUGGUGCACAAAGAGUAAAAAAUGUCUGUCUUACCUUUCGAAGUUGCUGUGACGAGAAUAACUUAGAGGGAUGUCUCGGAUGUUUGCAGCAAGUUAAGCAAGAGUGUUACCUUGUGAAGAACAAGCUUGACGCUCUAUUCAGGCUGGAGCAGCAGAUUCUUGCAACUGGCGGGGUCGUACCAAUUAUGAGCAAGGAUUAAGUUAACGAGUGUAGGAGGUGGUGCUCCUUCUCUUUGUUUGUUUCUUGAGCUUUUCCUCUACCUGUUAUAUGCCUCUUGGUCCGCUAAUUUUGAAACAUCUGUGUCCGGCCCAAAUGAAAGAUGGAAUCAGUAUCUAGAAACUGUAGAAAAAUGAAUGAAUCAACCAAAUUGCUUAUUUCCGACGGCGUUUCA